GUCAGUCUUCCGAACACACACCAGCGCCACUUUUAAUCUUACUCUCCACACACACUGUUCCACAUAACGUUCAGUUGCAAUGCCAAAGUUUAUAUCUGAGGUUGACGUUGAAGCCCGAAAAAAGAUUCAGGAGGAUGAAGGUAUAGUCGAAGCUCCAUACGAUGCUAGGUCUCUAUAUGAAAGACUGCAGGCUGAAAAGGAUAGAAAGCAAGAGGAGUAUGAAGCAACUAAUGCUCUGAAAAACCGUAUUCAUCGUCUGGAUGAGGAUGAAGUCGAUUAUCUACAAACGUUAUCUGCUAAACAGUACAAAGCCGAUUUGGAGAAGGAGGAAGAAAUCGCCGAAUUAGUAAAAGAAGCAAAAACUCAGGCAAAUCGACCAGUUCAUGUUUCGUCUACAAAUACUACUACAUCUGGUUUGAGCGCAAAGUCUUUUUAUAAUAAAGGAGGUUCAAGUCAACGAGCUCUCAUGGCUAGUGCUGUUAAACGGAAUUCUAGCUUGGACAUAAUUGGCCCACUGUCAAAGCGAGCAAACACAAGGACAUCUACUUCAAAUGAUCCUUUGGCAAAAUUGUGUACGGAUGAAUCAAAUUAUCGUGGUAUAUCUAAGCACUUGAAUAGACCUCUCGACAUACUACCAGGAUUGAGCGAUUAUUCAGAUUCAGAUUCUGAGAAGUCAACAGAUUCCACUAGUGACGACUCAACAGAUAUAGAAGAUUCCGUUUGUACAUUACAACAAAUAGCGUGUACAAGAAUGCUUUAUACUAAAACUGAAGGUUCCACAGGCAAUGGAAGUGUAUGAGUGAUGCUAUUUUUUGAUGUACCUACGGGCUUGUGCUUUUAUCCUCUUUCUGGAUAUCAUCUACUGUUUGUGUCACAAGAACCUACUUAUUAGUUGACUUAAAUAAACAGACUAAUUUGUGUAUCAGUAAGCAGUUACUUAAUUGAAUAAUUUUUGCACAUAGUCAUAUUUGGAACUCCGUACUGCUAUUCCUCUUGGCAUUGGUCAUCACUCAUGCUUUCAUGAUGUAAUUAUUAGCAUCCGUGUCUAAAUAUGUGAAUUGAAACUAAAGGCUCGUGAAUUUCUGAUAAAUGUCACAAUUGUUUCUAUUACAACUUGAGUCAUAUUCACUAGUGGUCUGUUUGAGAAUAAUUGUUUUAGUUGCUAAUGACAAAUAGUGGUUUGGGCUCGAUCUUAAACAUACUGUGAUACAAGAUAAAAGAAAUAUAUUAAUAUUAUGAGAUCAUUAAUGUGUUCAUUUCUCCUCUGCUAUUCAUCUGAAUCCCCGAAAUAAAAGGAGUAUUCCUGAAUUGUGGUAGUUCAGUAGUCAGAUUACAUGUAAUCAGCAUUCUUGCUUAAUACAAUUAGUGAACAAAGAAUAUUCUUUCAAUAAAUUCCUCAGUCUCUGCUGUUAUAUA